AUGGAUGCGAUUGACAAGUCGGGUUUGCAACCCAACGUUCUUGCGAGAACUCAAUAUCUACCAUUCGACGUAUCUCUGUCGGACGCAAUCGAUCAAGUUGGCCGAGACGUGCUGAGCGGAGUCGUUCUUUGCACGGUUGAUCACGUGGCCUACCACAACAAGUACUCCCCAGCGGAGGAGUUCGUUUGGGCUACCAGAGAGUACGUGCUGGGAGUUUCGAUGGCCGUGAUCAUCAGAUCAUCGAUUCGACGGGAUUGCUGCGACACUGGGCUGGCCAGAAUCUACUUCAUAAGCUUCUGUCUAGUGGUAAUUUCCGGCACUCAGCUGGAAGAAACCAUCGUAGAGUUGUUCCGAAGAUACACGCCUCCAAUUCAGCGUUGCCACAACCCUCUAUUGAUUGAGUACUUUUCUUACAACAAAGAAGCUCGAUACCUGCAGCAAGAUCUGAUCGGUCGACUGUUGAACCAACUCGAUGGCGAUAUGCCGCUGGUCCAGUUCAACGUACGCGGAAAACCGUCCGUGAACAAUCUGAUCUUCGUCGAUGGGUACGAGUCAUUUCGGUGGUUUGUCACGCGCUGGAAUCGUCAGCGGUACGACAGAAGCGGAUACUACUGGAUCGUGCACCUGCAGUCCUUUGGCGAAGAUCACGACGUUGUUGAGCGGAUUCUGGAAGCCACGUGGGAGCUGCAGAUUCUGUACGCGGUGGUGAUCGUGGCCGAUUAUCAGGAGGAAAACGUUGAGCUUUUUACGUUUUGGCCUUACGCCGAUACCCACUGUGGGGAUGUGAAUCCAGUAAAAGUCAAUUGGAGAUCGGUGGAUUUGCUAGCAGACCGAUUGGAGAACUUCCACGGUUGUGUGCUCAAAGUUGGUGCCUUCGAGAAUAGACCUUUUGUUCAGCUUGACUGGGACAAGCUAGGUAAUACGUAUAUGAUGGGAUUUGAGGGAUUGCUGGUGAAUGUAUUGGCUAAGAAGUUGAACUUUACCGUAGAAGUCGUCGUACCACCGGGGAAUGGUCAGUGGGGAUAUUUGAAAAAGGGUGGUAGAAGUUCGGGCCUCAUGAAGCUUCUAAUGGAAAAUGCAGUGAACUUUGGAAUUUGCUCCAUUGGAUUCACCGAGGAGAGAUCCAGUAUGCUGUCACCGGGGAUUCAUCACCACACAACAUACAUCGUAUUUGCUGUUCCAUCCGGAAGACCGUACUCUUCUUUCGAGAAACUGUUUUUGCCAUUUUCGUGGGACACGUGGUACGUCCUGUUUGCAACUUUGUCAGCAGCUUUGGUGAUCAUCAUCAGCAUCAACACAAGGUCGAAAUCUGUAAAAAACUUUGUGUAUGGUUCGGGAAUUCGUGAUCCCGUGACCAAUUUUAUCAAUUUACUACUCGGUGGACCACAAGAUAAAGCUCCCAGGGGUACAUUUGCCCGAACGUUGGUCGCUUUGUGGUUGAUCUUCACGAUGGUAAUCCGGACAGCAUACCAGGGAUCACUGUACAAGUAUCUCCAGGUGCCGAAGAACUUCUCUGUCCCGCGGACCAUGGAUGCGAUCGACAAGUCGGGCUUGGACUACUACAUGCUCGAACUGGCCGCCGAGUUCUUUUCAAACUACCCGGAAGUGCUCGCAAGAACGAAAUUCCUGCCCCACGACAAACCUCUCCUGCACGCGAUCACCAGAAUCGGCCGAGGUGAGCUGAACGGAGUCGUGCUGGUGCUGGUUGAUCAUGUGGCCUACCACAACAAGUACUUCCCGGCGGACGAAUUUGUGCAGGUCACCAGCGAGUACGUGAUUGGUUUCCCGAUGGCGGCGGUCUAUCCGAAGCAAACCUUCCUGCGCGACACCAUCAAUCGGGAGAUUCAAAUGAUCGACUCGUCCGGACUGGUGCAGCACUGGGUGGAACAGGGCGGGGACUAUGACUUUGAAAGUGAUCGUCGCGGAGCAGCGGUGACGGUGGCACUCAGCAUCGGCAAUCUGAUUGGGGCUUUUCAAAUCUUGGUCGUGCUGGAGCUGGGAGCUGUGCUGAUGUUUCUACUUGAAGUUGGAACAAAGUGGUGUCGGGUGAUGAAACGAUUCGUUGAUUGGAUGGAGGAAGACAAAAGCGAACAUGAUUCGGAGUGCGCCUGCCAGAACCAGAUCCAAGACAGCCAAGCAUCCAAUCAACCGUACGACCACAUCCCAGCAGGCGAGUUAGGGGAAAUUCCUCCGGUGGUGGAAAUCAUGGUUUCCUUCGCUCAACGCCGGGAACGCCACUCGACAGUGAUUCAAUUAGGGACCUAUGGCAAAGCACAGCAGGCGACGCCGACGACCGCCUCAAGAUAUCCCAUGUCUACUGGGAUGGGUUGCUCUCGCUCGCUGUGUGAUGGCUCAAAGGCUGAGAAAACAAUACCCAAAGAUGAAUCAUCGUCGGCGUUGAACGGGGGGUGA